CAUUUCCGCUAAUUGUAACAGAGCCGUAGCAGAGGAAUUUGAGGUUGUUCCGCGCAAGCUUCUUUGUUCGCUGGCGCCGUCGGAAACAAGCGGAAGGUCUACCAUGGUUGACAAAAUGAGCAUGUCUCUGGACGACAUUAUCAAGCUUAACAGCAAAGGAGGCCGCGGCGGCGGUGAACGUUCGGCUUUCGCCGGCGGCUCCUCGAGGUCGGAGCACGGUCGAGCGAAUCAUUUCAACCGCGAGAGAGACAACAGGCCCGCACCGUACACCAGACCCAGAGAGUUGCCGGACAAAUGGCAGCACGACAUGUUUGAGCAGCACUCGGGCGAAUACAGAGCGACGGAAAGAAGAGGAGAAAGUCGGGCCAAGCUGCUCAUUUCCAAUCUGGAUUUCGGAGUGUCCGACAGCGACAUUCAAGAGCUAUUUGAAGACUUUGGCCCUCUGAGGAAAGUGGCGGUCCACUACGACCGCUCCGGUCGCAGCAAAGGCAGUGCGGAUAUUUGCUUUGAAAAUCCGGCAGACGCCGUCAAAGCCAUGAAGCACUAUAAUGGAGUCCCCCUUGACGGUCGCCCAAUGAAAAUUGUCCAAGCCACAUCAGACGUUGACUCGCAGAGUAGACAAUCGCAGAGUUCCAACAGAGGCUUUGACAGGAGUAGGCUUGGUCAGCCCACGUUUGACAGGAGCGAGCGAAGUGAAAGGAGGCAAGGCGGCGGCGGCAGCAGCGGAGGCUCAAGAGGUUGGGGAAGAGGCAGAGGAAGAGGAAACAGACCCCAGCUAUCAGCUGAAGAAUUGGAUGCUCAGUUGGACGCUUACAACGCAAUGGCAAACAACAAUUAGAAGAAGCCUUUUGGAAAGAAACAUCAAAUCGACGUUUUGGGGGCAUCUUGUUGAAAUUUUGUCUCGGAACCGUUUUGCCGGUCGGAAACGUCUGUUCCGUUUUAAACAUUUUUACAGUUUUUUUUCUCCGUUCGAAAUUUGUUUGGUUUUUGGCGACACUGGCUUUUGCUUCCUAAAUAGCUUUGGAGUUUUGUUUUUUAAUUGCAAGAUCAUUUAGUACUUUAAUACCCUUUUUAUGUUCAAACGUUUCAUAUUAUCUGUCACUUGGUACUGUAUACUUGAUAUGUGAACAUCCCAGGGUUUUGUACAUAAAUACACAAUGGAAAU